AUGGCAAGAACAACGAAGAACAGCGAGAUCAUUCAGCUCGCCAAGCAGCUGAAGGGCACCCCCUGGUGCGAGGAGUACGAGCGCAUGAUUUCUGGAAUGCUAUAA